AUGAGUGUGGCCGAACGCUUACGUUCAUUUAGGUACGUCACUAGUACACGUGAGAUUCCAUGGACACAUUUACGCAGCAUUGAUGUUCCAUCAAAUCGCGUGAAUGAACCAGAUUUGCACUUAAUGAAAAAUGUAAUUUCUCUUGUCUCAGACUGUAACCUUGCUACUGCUACUGCCCCAACUACUAGUUCAGCAGAUGUAUACCAACUUUUAAGUGUAUUGCAGCUUGCCCUUCAAUUCACUCUAUGGUCACAAUCUAUACUUAAAGAGCAGUUGGUGGAAAAACAAAACAGUAUCACGGUAAAGCAGGUUAACUCACAGCUUUUAGAUACUUUGGAAGCAAAGUUAGAAGCGUCCCGUCGUGAGGCCGUUAAGCUUCGAGAAGAGCGUGAUACUUUUGAGGUAACAUGUCGAACUCUCGAGCAUCGCCUCACACAAUGUGAAACGACGAUUCGUUGCCUUGAAAAGAAUCUUGUGUUUGAGCAAAAACGGCUCCAGGAAUCUCUGAAAUAUAUUUCCACACAAGAGAUGAAACAUCAAGAGCAACAAAGGCAAGAAGGGCAACAGAAGAAUGUGGAGAAGCUGAAUCCCCCACUACAGAAUCUACCUCAUACCCGAGGAGAGUGUCUGCCAGAUGAGGGAUAUGGUGAUCAUUCACAUUCUCUACACGCAAAACACCACAAAAGACACUCGCGUCAAUGUUGUUUGUUGAAUAGUGACACUUCUGAUUCUACGUCGUUUUCCUCACAUGUUGCUGAGGUUCCACCACGGCGAGGUAAGAAUCACCGUCGUGAAGAUUUGUCAGCUCUGUUGAGACACCUCCGACAAGAAGAGAAGGGAGCGGAACAAGUACAACGACAAGAACAAGAGCAACCAUUACAACAACAAAAGGAGCAAUCAUCUCCACCUUAUGGUGAUAGUUCCAUAACGUUGGUGGGAGAAAAGAUAGAAGAUGAUGUUAUAAAUACAUUUCGCCGAGAGAUGGAGGAAUUACAGUCGCGUACAACAGCAACGUGUGAUGCGAUGCGUGAAACCCUUGAAAAUGCGGUUACAAACAAUCUGCAACGUACUGAGGCUAUGAUUCGGCGUGUGGAGGAAUCUGUUGAGAAUCUUAAAGCAUCUCUGGUAAAGGAGCAGGCAGGGGAAUUGCAGAGUGUUAAGAGUUUUCUUACGCAGUGGCAAACGGAUACUCGGGCAGCACUAGAAGCGUCUGUGGUAACUAUGAUAAAUCAGAUAAAGACAGAGUAUGCGCAAGAAAAAGAAAGAGAACAAGAAAAACAAAACCAACAACAACAGCAACAACAAUCAUUAAUACCAUCUUUCUCUACAAUUCCUCCAGUCCUGACUAUUUCUCAGGAUGUUAUCAAAGAAUCAACGUGUCAACACUGCCGUCAGCGUAUUCCUGUAAAACAACUUGACGCACAUGAGGAGGAAUGUGAACUACGUCUUGUGAAGUGUCCACAAUGUGGAAAUUCUGUUGUUGCACGUCUCCUCUCUAAGCACAAAUGCUCUGGUGGGACAACUAGUGAGACUGGAACUCCUGAGAGUGCAACACUCUUACGAGCUUCGUCACUAAUGCUACAGGAAACACAAAGAGAAUUACAGCAACUGCUGGAAGAAAAUAGUGAAGAGGCCUCAUCAUAUGAAACUCCAGUUUAG